AGACACAUAUAAGUUUGUGUUGCACACGGGGAUCAGUCUGCAUCUUGUAUCUGCCUGGGUUUAGUUCUCUGGUCUCUAAAAUCUCUGCCACAUCUCCUGUUAGCUCCAUUCCUCCCUAGCAGCAACAUGAAGGUCGCUCUCACACUGUGCGUCGUGUGCGCGUUUCUGGCGGUGACAACAACAGAGGCCAGUGAAGAUACGCUGAAGAGUCUCCUGAUGAAACUCCUGGAUGACAACACUGAGGAGGAGGAGACGCAGGAGGAGGAAUCGAAUGACAACUACGAGGACGAGGAGGAACAGUUGCUGACAGAUCUGAAAGAUGAUCUGAUGAACCUGGAAGCGUUCCGAAAAUGCCAAAAAUGCACCAAGACGAAGACGAUGACCAAGACGCUGCAGUGCACUGUCUCUGAGUCACAAAAAGACGAGGAGGGCUUCUCACCAUGCAGAAACAGCGUUCUCACAUUCAGGGGACAGAGAUACGAGAGCUGCCAGAGAAAGGGAGGACGCUGCAGCGGCCGUAUCAAGCUGUGUGAGUCCCUGCGCUGUGUGAAGGCGGCGGACUGUUCCAGUGAAGUCCAGUGUGUCGUCUACACGAGAGACUGCGAGUGGAUCUGCUAGAGACAGCCAUGCUUUACGACGCCUCGUAUUACUAGUGUGUUUGACACUAUAAUAUUGUCUUAAAGCUAAAAAGAACUUUUUUCAUUUUAAAGCCAACUGCUUGUGCACUGGUGUUUGUGAAAUAGUUUGAACGUACGAUAGGCAGAUCUAGUUUUGCUUAGGGAAUCGAUUUGAUACGAAGCCACACAUUAUUAUAACUUGCUAUUUCGCUUCAACCUG